CUUCUUCCUCCUUGUGACCGGCCAUGCAAUCAUAUCCAAUUAGAACUUUCAAGGUAUCCACAACGACGUCUUCCUUUCAGGGUGCUCCUUCCGCACAUUCGAGAAAUAAGCAUGGCAAACUUAAAUCAGUGUGUCAGUAUAUUAAAAAAUACUGUGAUGAGACUUCCCUUCACGGGUUUAAAUACCUGUCCGAAUCUGAUCGACCAUUUUACGAAAGGGUCUACUGGAUUAUCGCCAUCUUCACGGCUUUCCUGAUCGUCGGAUACGUGAUUAAAGAUCAGGUCGAACAUUUUUUAAAAAGUCCCGUCCUAAUCUCCUUCGAGUCAAAGCAGACCCCAGUUGAAAAAAUCCCUUUUCCGGCAGUCACGCUUUGCCCGGACAUGCAGCUCAGAACUAGUAUGUUGAACCUUUCCGAGGCCAUUAACAACAACAAUAUGACACAAAAAGAGCUAGAGAAAUUUUACUUUGCAUUGAAAAUAUGCAACAUCAUUUCUUCCAAAGUAGUCAACAUUUCUUUUACAAGAGAACUCGUCCACGAUAUGAUCGAUUCGAUAAACGGAAACGAAAGCUGCGAGAGCAUGGUACACUCGAUGGAAUGGGAGAAAAACAUGUACGACAAUCCGUGCGACUACCUCCAGCCUACAAUCACAUCCUACGGCGCUUGUUUCACAUUCAACAUGCUCCCUCUCGACCAGAUCCUCCGCCGGACGGAAGAAAACUGGUCAUCGGAGAGAUAUUUUGGCAAAGAGCCGAUCUGGACCCCAGAUGAGGGUUUUUUGAAGAAGAAAAGCACCGGCUACAAUUUCUCUUCUCCUUGGGCGAUCAAGCGGUCCACCUUGCCCAUAGGCGUCGCGCUUUUCUUCCUGAAGCUCUCUUCGACCGGCUUCGACGAAACGUGCGGCUUCGGUGGAUACGGAUUUUUCGGAUACGUCCACAACCCUGCAGAGUUGCCAGGCCAGGCGCACCCCACGAUAUACGCCGAAGCGAACCGUACCCUGCUAGUCCAACUCCAACCCAAGAUGUACACCAUCAACCAUAGACUGAGAAGGUGGAACGCCAAGGAGAGAGGUUGCUACUUCGACACUGAACGCUACUUGAUGCUCUUCAACAUCUACACGCAGAGGAACUGCGAGCUGGAGUGCGAGGCCAAUUUCUCAAUCGCCCACUGCAAUUGUAUGGCAUUCUACCAUCCGUACGUUGAAAAUAUUUCAAUUUGCGGCCCUACAAGUUAUCAGUGUCAUCAAAGCAAUAAAGAUAAAGCUAAGGUCUGUGAUUGUCUGCCGUCUUGCUCCGAACUACAAUACGACAUAGUGACACUCUCAAUAAAUAGGAACUGGCCUGACAAACGCUUGCAGUACAAAAAAGACAACGACCCCAACAUGAGCCACACGAUGAUCAAAGUGCAGUACGAGAGCAGGUACGUCCAAGGUAUCACGAGGGAUGUCAUGUUCGGCCUGUCCGAUUUCGUCGCCAACGUCGGAGGUCUUCUGGGGCUUUUUCUCGGCUUCAGCAUCCUGAGCCUCGUCGAGGUGAUUUACUUCCUCACUGUGAGGAUCUGCACGAAAUUGUGGAGGGACCACGUGGACAGAGGAAGAGAACGACAAGGGAACUGGAACGAUUUAGUCUUGUAAACGAACCGACAAACCCUCUCGUAAAAAACACUGUCAAAACAAACAAAAAUCUUCAAAUGUAUAUUUUUUAAAACGAAUCAAAAUUACACUUUCGAUCUUAUGUCGUUUUGAAUAAAAUUUAUUAUUGCAGUAAAACGAGAAUAGCUAAAUGAUACAUGUCAAUUAUAACUGUCACUAUUAGUUAGAAUUUAAUUAAUUUAAUUGAACUUUUUGUUUUAUAUUAUCAACAAAAUCAUUACAGUCAGUUAAUGAUUCCUCAAUAUUCUGUAAAUUUA